AUGUCGUCCACCACCACCUCCCUCGACCGCUACAAACUAAUCUUCUUCGUGCCCCCCUCCCACCUCGAACCCUGCAAAGAAGCCAUCUUCGUCACGGGCGCCGGCACCUUUCCCGGUGGCAAGUACACCAAGUGCUGCUUCCAGACGCGUGGACAGGGCCAAUUCCUACCGAAUGAGGGGGCGAAUCCGGCCAUUGGAGCCGUUGGAAGGGUUGAGCAGUGUGAGGAGGUCAAGGUUGAGAUUAUGUGUUUGGGGAGGUCGGUUAUGCUGGAUGCAGUGAGGGAGUUGGUGAAGGCGCAUCCGUAUGAGGAGGUUGCGUAUGAGGUUUAUCGGAUGGAGGAUGUGUAG